GUUUGACUUUGACAGAUGCGUCAUUGUCAUUGUUUAGUAGCGGAACGUCAAACUCGCAACGGAUGUUUUUUUGUGAGGCGUAAAAGCAAGUCUUCGUGAUGGCUCUAAGUAAUAUCGUAUUACUUAGCCAAAUCGCUGGUUACGUGAUAGCGUUUAUCUUAUCACUAUGCAUCGUGGUACCCAUGAGUUUGCACCAAGAUGAAUUCAGGGGGCACUGCUUGUUAUUUUCGACUGGGGAAUGGCAGGAAGCCGACGGUCAAUUGAAAGUCGACUGGGCGUCACAAUGUUACUGCAACUACACAAUCUUCGUAGGCGUUGUCUUGUGUCUAGUGUCAAUCGCCCAGAUCUACUGUUUAUCAUUAUUUUUAUACAGAGGAACCGAUAGUAGCUUCUUGUCGGCAUUUUUUGACGUAUUGAUUGGAAUAAUCCUGUGUGGAAUGACCAUAAUUGCGGCUUUGAUGAUUACAUUAGGCUUUAUGGUUUGGUGCCAGAACAUGACACAACGCUUUCCUUCGUGUGAAUUGGCUGCAGGUCAAGCUAUUGAUAAACAGGAUGGUAUUAAUACAGCCAACUUUUACAUUGAAUUGGGGACUGCACAGUUUGGAGUUUGGGGCUCUUUUGCGACAUGGGUGGGACUCACGGUUUUUGCUCUAUUGAAGUUGUGCCGGUACCACCAACUGGAAAAUAUUCGGGUUUCUAUGUAUAGGGAGAGACAGAGGCUUAUUAAUGAAAAUUCGGAGUCGCCUGGGAGUUCGCUGGGGCGCGAAUCCACCCACAGUCAGGAGACCACAGCGACGGCUGCCGAGUGAUUAGUUUGUGGGAUUUUUAAAUACCCCUAUUUGUUGAUUUAUGCAAUAAUACAUAUUUCACUACUCAUACACAGUACGGUUUAUCAAAUUGUGGGGUUUAAUUAAGGAGGUAUCUCUCAAACCAAAUUAGAUUGAUUAUUGUGAUAUAGUUAGUUUAGAGCAUGUUUACAGCUUAGUUUUUUUGUAGAUAUGGUACCUACAAAUUUACAUUGGCGGAAUAUUUAUUUGAGUAUAUAUAUUAUUUGUACUAGCGAUAUUUUUUUGGUAUAAUAAAAAAAAUAUCCAUUGUUA